AUGCAAAAAAAGUUCAUCCAGGAGAAAAAACAAGAAGAGGAUAAGAAGAACGAAGGAAAUAAAAGAGUAAUGGAGCAUAGAAGUAAUGAAUUUAAGGAUUUAGAUGAUGUAUCGAAUUAUUAUCACCAAAGAAGUAAAAAAUUAGACACCCAAAUGGCUCCCGCAGAAACAAAUCUUUUCAAAGACUGCGUAUUUUUCAUUUUAGGUUAUGUUGGGCGAGGUGAAUCAUCCAGAUAUGCUAUGACAAAAUUGAUUGAAAAAAAUGGAGGAAGAACUGUAAUGAUGGUUUGCACAUCUGUUACACACGUAAUUGCCGAACAUAUUUGUCAUAGUAAACGGAACCAGCUUGACAAAGCAAUAGAAAAAAGAAAAGUUGUCGUUGUCCGACCAGACUUCAUAUUUGACUGUGUUGCAAAGCAACAAAUAUUAGACCCAUCCCCAUAUUUUUCAUCAAAACAAAAAGCAGCUACUAUAACCAGUUUUUCAAAACAGAAUCAGAUAAUAAAGAAAAUAUCAAAAAAUCAUAA